CAGAGACAUUGAGCCGUGUGUAUCUGACCUUGUGUGUACGUGUCAGUGACUUGAGGCUUUGACAGCAGCGAUGGCCAGGUGGACUGGAACAGCACUGCUUUGUGUGACUCUCCUGCAGGGAUUGAGAAUGACCACCACCCUCCCCAACGGAGCCCCUCUCUCAGCAUGUGAGGACAUGAUGCCUCAACACUCUGGGGUCGUGCCACAGCCUGGCCCGGCGCCCUACACCAUCCAAGUCAGUAACAGCUCCUAUGAGACCGGGGUGCCAGUCACAGUUCGGAUCCUGGGUCCAGAUUACAGAGGGCUGCUGCUGAAGGCUGUCGUGCCAGGCAGCACCAGUGCUCUGGGUUCGUGGCAGGACCCCCCUGAAAACACCAGGUUCUUACAGUGUUCGGGAAACCGGCAAGGUGCAAUCACUCACGCAAACACUAACCUCAAGAACAAGGAGACAGUGUACGAGUGGAUCCCGCCCUCCGGUAAAAGCAGCAUCCAGUUCAUGGCUACUGUGGCAGAAAACCGCGAGCGUUACUGGCUGAAUGUGAAAUCCGAAAUGUUGUCAGGGUCUGUUGCUGCGACUGGGGCAGGUUUGCUGGUGCUUCUGUCCAGUCUGCUACUGGCUCUGCUGUAUUCCAGAUAGACAGCAGCUCCUGUUGUGCAGCCUAACUGGUCCUGGAUACAAUCGGAAUUGAAGCCCCCUGGUUAUUGCCAGCCCAGUUCUUCUUGUUGGCGUGUUUAUAGCAGCACUUACAUGGUUUGCAUUUCCUUGCUGAAUUAAAAAUACUAAACAACCUACAGAUUGUGUAAUUGCUGGUUUGUAGAAUGCAAGGCAUGCUGAAUAAAAAAAGAAGUACAUUUGAAAACUA